AUGUUUCCAGGGGCCUUUUCCUCGAGGCUAUCAAGACCCAUUCUGAACAAUGGCCUCAUCUCCACUUCAAGGCACUUGUCCCAUAGCUCCCGAGAUUGCAGCACAGCACAAGAAGCGGCAUCUAUCAUGACUGAGAAUUUCAAGAACAGGCAAUUCAUCCGUCGUCAGAUUCUCGACGCCAAUCAAGUGCAAAAGCUAGCGUUAACUCUUCAUCGUCCAAGCCUCAGCGGUAUCGAUAUCCAGGCCAAGGCCCCUCCAGACGGCACGCCUCUACCUCCAGGUUACCAUUUGGUGUAUUUCACCCCAGGAGGUCUAGAGUCAGAGCUUGGCGCGGAUGGCACUGACACCUCAUUCAAUGCCCCAUUCCCCUUCACUCGUCGUAUGUGGGCCGGCGGCAAGAUAGAAUGGGCGCCAUCCUCUUCAUUCUCAUCAUUGGCCGGCCCCGAGCUUCGGGUGGGAGAUGAGGUUGAGGAGGUUACAGCUCUUAUCAGCGCUGUGCCCAGGAAGAGUCGCUCAGCGGGCGAGAUGGUUCUCGUUGAGGUCAAGAAAGAAUAUCACGGCCCUAGAGGGCUGGCGUUGACGGACCUUCGGUCGUGGAUCUUUAGACCAGAGAUUAAACCACUCAGUGGAAGUUCAGAUAUCAAGAUGCUGGCCGAUGCCGACCUGAGGCAGCCAGCGCUUGUGAGAGAUCAAGUCGCCGGAGAUGGUAACCCAGUGAGAUGGCACCGCUGGUCACCCACCAGCCUCUUUCGCUUCUCUGCUUUGACCUUUAAUGGCCACAAGAUCCAUUACAAUGAGGACUGGACACGCAAUGUGGAGGGGCACCCAGGCCUGGUCGUUCAUGGCCCACUGAAUCUCAUUAAUAUCCUUAAUUUCUGGCAAGACUUCCAUGGGAAAGGCAAGUUCCCAAGUACAAUCGAUUAUCGGGCACUUUCACCGCUAUACUCAGGUCAGAUAUAUGAGAUCCAAUGCACAAAGCUAGAACCAGGAGGGCACACGGGAAAGGAUAAAUGGGAGAUGGUAGUCCAGAGGGAUGUUUACUUGUUAAAAGCAGUGGUGGAAUCUCCUAUACGCGCACCAGGACAGGGAAGUUUCCGAUAG